AUGUUUUGGGUGGAAAUCAGCACUUAUCAGACAUCUAAAAUUUCAUACGGGAGAGAAGCUCCAUUCCUGCUCGGAAUGCGGGAAAUGUUUUUUCCAUCAAAAUCAGAACUUGUCAGACAUCUACGAAUCCACACUGGAGAGAAGCCGUAUUCCUGUGCCGAGUGCGGGAAAUGUUUUUCAGAAGAAUCUUCUCUUUCUCAUCACCAGAGAUGCCACCUGGAUUACAAGCCGUAUUCCUGCACAGAGUGUGGGAAAAGUUAUCCAAGAAAAUCGGAACUUGUCACUCAUCAAAGAUCUCACACAGAAGAGAAUUCGUAUUCCUGCUCUGAGUGCGGGAAAUGUUUUGGGUGGAAAUCAGCACUUGUCAGACAUCUAAAAUUUCAUACAGGAGAGAAGCUCCAUGCCUGCCCGGAGUGCGGGAAAUGUUUUCCAGCAAAAUCAGAACUUGUCAGACAUCUACGAAUUCACACUGGAGAGAAGCCGUAUUCCUGUGCUGAGUGUGGGAAAAAGCUACGAAUUCACACGGGGGAGAAGCCAUAUUCCUGUGCUGAGUGCGGGAAAUGUUUUUCACAAACAUCUUCUCUUUCUGAGCAUCAGAAAAGCCACUUGGACAACAACCCAUAUUCUUGCCCAGAGUGCGGGAAAUGUUAUAUAAGUAAGUCACAGCUUCUAACACAUCAGAGAUCUCACACUGGGGAGAAGCCGUACUCGUGUCCUGAGUGCGGGAAAUGUUUUUCUCUGAAUUCAACACUUAUCAGACAUCUAAAAUCUCACACGGGCAAGAAGCCGUAUUCCUGUCCUGAGUGCGGGAAACGUUUUUCAGAGAUGUCCAGGCUUUACAGACAUCAGACAUUGCACACGAAGGAAAAGCCGUAUUCCUGUCCUGAGUGCGGGAAAUGUUUUGCUUGGAAAUCAGCACUUGCCACACAUCAAAAAUCUCACACGGGAGAGAGGCCACACUCCUGUGCUGAGUGCGGGAAAUGUUAUCCGCUGAAAUCAACUCUUGUGAGACACCAAAAAUCUCACGAACGAAGAAACUGCAUGCCUGACUUAAGUUUGGAAAAUGUAUUUUUUUAG